CGCCCAAGUGCCUAUCUUCGUUCUCGUUGCCUGUUGUGCUUUGGAGGGUCAAAUUUCGAGGCCAACAAGGCCGCAACGUUGGACGAUGUCAAUGUGAUUGUCUGCCUUGAUGCAUGCUUUACCCAGAAGCGGCGAGCGUCCGGGCGACGAGAUCCUGCAAAGACCCACCCCGCCUCUGUCUUUCUACCCGAGGAUGAGGUUAAGGCCAUGGAGCUCGAGGUGGAACAAAAGCGUGGAAACAGGGCAUCUCGCAGCAAAUCGUCGACUCGGGUGGAUAAGAAUUUGACGUCGAGAAAAAGGAAGGGUGCUCCGGCGCGCGACCGGCAGGGAGGAGAGGAGGAAGAAGACCGAUGCGAAGGCCCUUUGACGGUUCCGAACUCUGUGUUAGACGGCUGCGAAGAGUCUUUCAAGGCCGCCGACGAGCAACGGGAGAAGGCGAGCACCAAGUUCUUCGACGACACCGGAGUGAUGGCCAUCCUAUGCCGACACGACAAUGUCCUAUGGCUAGUCAACAUGACGAGUGCGGGCGAGCGACAACACUACGCCAUUGCAUUGCUGAAUCGACUGUUCCAGCAUCUCCCGGAGUCAUUUCUCGCUGGAGUCUUGUACGAUAUCGGGUGCCAACUGCAUCGUAGCGUUCACAAAUGGGAUCUUUUGACAGGAUACCGUGAACGGAUACUGUUCGGCAUAUCCGUCUUCCACGCAUAUGGACACGAGUGGCCUUGCCAACUCACCUAUCAUCCCAGGAAAUGUGAAGGGUUUGGCUUAUCGGAUGGCGAAGGUUGCGAACGGUUUUGGAGUUGCAUAGACCAUCUCGUGGCCGUACUGCGAGUAAGCGGCUUCUAUCAGCGGAUGUAUGUGCUCGACGCACAAGUUCAGCACGCGAGCCGCAUUCAACGUCGGAAUCUGGGGAACUGGCUUGCCAAGAAGUACUAUGCGUGCCAAGUGCGAAUGUCGGAUGCGAAGCACAGAUUAGAGGAAUGUGCUAUCGCGCUGGAGAUAUUGCGCAAUGAGUUCGCAUCACAGACGAAAGCCCAGACAAGACCUCUUCAGCGACAAUCAAAGGACGCUGGAAAACGAGCCAUCGAUGCUAUUCUGCUUCUGCAGAACCGCCUCAUCGCGCUCGAGGAGAGCAUCGCCAAACUGGAGAAGGCAAUCCUGAAGGGCAACUGCGAUGCAGAUUCAAUGGCUCGGCGCAACGAACUGCUGGACGAACGUGAUAUGACGAAAGAGAAGAAAGAUGCCCUGGAACGUCGGCUCGAUUUGCGGACACGGCAAGAUCUGAGUUCCCUACGGGCAAGCAAAUAUCUGACCCAUCGGAUGAAUGCGCUGGCGUUGAAGAAUCGAAUCAGAGACCGGUUGCGGCAACGGAAAUUUGAAUUCACUGGCAUGGAGCGAUCGUACCGGACGCAGUCAUCCGACCGCAAGCUCGUAGCGCAUACCGCAACAGCAGUGCAUAGACGGGAGCCAGGAAUCCAGACACAGGCGCGGAAAUAUAACGCGCUAUGCAAGACGAUGUCCGAGCUUAUUCGCAAGAACGAAGCUCCAGCUCGGGCUGUGCCACCAGUACCAAUUGACAUGGACCGGCUGUGGGGUCUCGACGUGGACGACGAAAUCUGGCAGGAUAUCGGGCUGGCCGAUGAAUAUGAUACGGCGGACGGGCAACCUCCCAGAUGGUUGUCAGAUGAGAAAGUUAAAUCGGGCAUACGCCAUAUGCUAGAGGUGGACAGGUGCGAGGAGGAACUCCGACACAUUUUACUCGAGCGCGAAACCCUCCAAAGCUGGCUUCGGGAAGAGUGGGCAGCGGUUAACCAUGCCCUCAAGAAUGCUGGUACGCAGGCUAGCAUCUUCCGUCCAUCGAGAAGUUGUUAA